GAUUACAAGUUGCAUGUUUAAUUUUUGUUUAAUAAUUCCAACUUAAUAUGAACACUUUAUUUUGGAUAAUAAAGCUACCAAUUGUUGGUAUAGCUGUGGGCUUUUUAACAUUUAUUAUAAGUUUUCUAAACCUCGUUCAAAUUAUUGACCACUUCAAUAAACAAAAACAUAGACUUCCUGGGUUCAUAUUUUUUACUGCAAACGAAAACAUAUUGAAAUGGGAAAUUGCCAUUUAUUCCAUGUUUUUGAUUUCGGGUCUUUUCCUUAUAGUUGGUACCAUCAAGAAAGUACAUCAAAUAUUCUUACCAUGGCUGAUUUUAACAGCCUUUGGAAUUCUAUAUGGAGUUGUUUGUACUUUAUUCCAAUUAUUCUUUGUCAUGGGUAGCUUUUACUUUUUUGGCAAUAACUUUUUGAUUGGUGCUAUUGGUCUUAUCUUCUUAAUAAGUUUCUGUAUUUAUGUAUGGAUUGGAAUUGUGCAAUUAUAUUCCAAUAUUUAUGAGGAAAAAGAAAAUGAAACUGAAGUAGAUCCAGAGAAGCUACAGCCUGAUGAGAAAAUGGCUGUAAAAAACUUAUGAGAUGCUAAACAUUAAUAUGUAAUUCUACAUAUUCUAACAUCGGGAACAAAAAAUAGAAAGUGGGUUGUACAACGAACCAGAGUUGUAAAAAUAUCAAUUUAAAAACUAUGCAUUUGAAAUUUAAAAAAAUUAACAUAAUAAAAAUGUUAUUGCAACUGAAAAAUAUUUGAAUUGAAAAUAAAAUGUUUGUUUUAAAUUAAAAUAUUUCUUACAAU